AUGGGAACAGGGAAUCAAAGUUUGGGGACUGAGUUCACGCUCCUUGACCUUUUCCAGCAUGGCCGAAUGAACACUCUUCUCUUCGUUGUCAUUGCCAUCCUCUUUUUGGUGGCUCUGAUGGGGAACAUCAUAUUGGUUCACCUCAUCCGAGUGGACACCAGAUUGCACACGCCCAUGUACUUCCUCCUCAGUCAGCUCUCUGCCAUCGAUAUGAUGUACAUCUCCACCACGGUGCCCAAGAUGGAGACCAACUUUCUCUCCAACAGUAAGACCAUUAGUUUUUUGGGUUGUGCGGUUCAAACAUUUGUGUUUUUGACCCUCGGUGCAACAGAAGCCCUUCUUCUUGGUUUUAUGUCUUACGAUCGAUAUGUAGCAAUCUGCCAUCCACUGCGUUAUCCUGUGCUGAUGACCAAGAAGACCUGUUGGUUGAUGGUCAUGUGCGCAUGGAGCAGUGGUUCUGUCAACGCUUUAGUGCAUACCUUGUAUGUAUUUCAGCUUCCAUUCUGUAGGUCUCGGCUCAUCAAACACUUCUUCUGUGAAGUUCCAUCCCUAAUGCCAUUGGUGUGUCAGGACACUUCCCAGUACGAGUACACGGUCCUCUUGAGUGGACUUAUUAUUCUGCUGCUGCCAUUCGUGGCCAUCCUAGCUUCCUACGCCCGUGUGCUGACUGUUGUUUUUCAGAUGAGCUCAAAUAAAGGACAAACAAAGGCUGUUUCCACUUGUUCCUCCCACCUGGUUGUGGCAAGCCUGUUCUAUACAACCACUCUCUCUACCUACACACGGCCUCAUUACUUGCACUCCCCGGACCAGGAUAACAUCUUGGCAGUGUUUUACACCAUUGUCACACCUCUUCUGAACCCAUUUAUUUACAGCCUGCGAAACAAGGAGGUCCUCGGUGCCAUGAAGAGACUGCUGGGUUGA